UAAAAAUGGUGCGUGUGUUGUUAGUACUGUGUCUGCUUGGGGUCUCGAUGGCGAAAGGCCACGAUUGGGAAGAGGGUUGGUUCAAUUGGCAUGAAAACGUGGGAGUAAAACAAGCCGAAUAUAUCAAAAGGUCGGAAGCUAAUAUAGUUGGCAUGAAACCAAUUGUCGGUGGAGCCAUUGCACCUGUCAACGCACAUCCCUAUCUAGUUGGUCUUCUCAUCGGCAUUAUAGGUUUACCUUCACCGUCUGCCUGCGGAGGAUCCGUCCUGAGCAAUACAAGAGUACUAACAGCAGCCCAUUGUUGGAACGAUGGCAGAAAUCAAGCACGAACUUUUGAGGUCGUCUUUGGUUCAGCAUUUCUGUUCCAUGGAGGAGUAAGAAUAUUUGCAGAUGGCAUAGCCGUACAUCCAGAAUAUUACGCCAGAAGAUUAGCAAACGACGUCGCUAUUUUGAGGUUAUCACGUCCAGUUGCGUUUUCAAAUACAAUCAGACCUGUGAAGCUGCCAUCUGGAGUAUUUAGAAACAUGAAUUUUACUGGAGUGUGGGCAAAAGCAUCUGGCUAUGGUAGAUAUUCGGACUUGACACUCCCAAAUGUGAAUACCGUCGUUCGCCACAUCUUCCUGCAAACAAUUCCGUUAGAUCCGUGCAGAGCAAAAUACGGAAGCAUUGUGUUAGACUCCAAUAUCUGUACGAGUGGUACUGGGGGCGUGGGGAUUUGCCAAGGAGACUCCGGGGGACCAUUGACGAUAAAUGCUCAAGGGGAAGACGUAUUGAUAGGCAUUAGUUCUUUCGUAGCAUAUCAUGGAUGUGAAUUAGGACUUCCUUCGGUCUUCGCAAGAGUUACUAGUUUUGUGGAUUGGAUUGAACGGUUUUUGUAAAUCAUUGACUAC